UUUGUGAGUUUUUAUAACAUUAACCUUUAAAAAAAAAGUGAAUGCCUCUCAGCUUGCCAUUUUAUCGAACAUGUAGCAGAGCAAACAAAAAUGGAAGACUUAUUGAAGAACAACAAAUUAUUUGCUACACAUGCCAUUGCUGCUGCUGGUUCAGUUACAUUUGGCUCUGCCCUCACUUAUCCACUUGAUACCCUUAAAGUUCUUGUCCAGGUUGGUUCCAAUUCAAAUAAACCAUUGAAUUUGCAUCAGGUUUUGAAUAGAGUUAUUUCAUUAUCUGGGUAUUCAGGCUUGUUUAAUGGCUUUGGUUGGUUGACAUCUGGAAGAAUACUUGGGUUAGGAGCGCGAUUUGGAAUUUUUGAAAUUUUGACAGCUUUCUAUAAAGAUGGACGUGAAGAUAGUUAUGUGCACGUUUCGGAGGCCCUGAUGGCAGGAAUGGCAGCUGGAGUAAUAGAGUCGGUCAUUAGCUCUCCGUUUGAACUUAUUAAAAUUCGUGCACAGGUUACCUCUGCAUUACGCAGUCCAAGGUCUACCUUUAUUGCUGGAAAUAAAGAUGUCGUACCUCUCAUUGAUAAAUUGCUGCCUGGAUAUAUCCCAGAUAAGAUGGCGCUGAACAAUUCUUCUGCCCUUUUGUCCACCCUAUCUGCUAAACACCCAAACUUGGUUGGUGCUUUGCAAGGGUAUCCUUGGAUGAUGACUGGGUCUGGGAAGGCACCAUCAGUCUCUGAUGUUCAGAAACCGUCAAGCAUCAUCUCCUUGGAAGGGUGGGGUGCUUUAUGGAAAGGACUCCGGUCAGGAAUCGUACGAGAUUCAGUUUAUGCUGGGGUAUUCUUUUCUAGCUGGCAAUUCCUGCACCGAGCAAUGCUUGACUGGAAGGCAGUAGGGAUGGAUCCUAUACCCAGGACCGAUGAAGAAGUUGGGCCUCUCUCUCCUUUAGCUGUUAGUCUUGCAGCUGGAUUUUCUGGUUCUGUUGGUGCUGCUGCAUCUCAUGGCCUUGACACUGCUAAAAGUCGAUCACAGUGUACGGUGCUGCCAAAGUAUAUUUCAAUGGAGAGGAAGCUCUUAAAAUGGAAUAGACCGGGGAAAAGUUUCGAGAGACUUGUAGGGAUUCACCCAGCAGAUAGAGAUCUCUUGUUCCGUGGUAUCUGGUUGCGAAUGGCUCGUUGUGGGCUAGCAUCAUUUACAAUUGUUGGAAGCUAUUAUUUGGCCGUUGAUUAUCUUGUUUCCGAGUGAUUUCAGAGAAAAGGAUAGCAUCAUUUAGUUUAAGCCAAUUGUUGUUGCUGUUAGAUUUGUUGAUAAAAUCUAACAGCUUACAGCAACUCUCACAGCCGCUCUAUUCAUUUCAACCGUUUGAUCAGCUCCUAGCAGUAAGUAAUUCAAAGGGAUCUUCAUUGGCCUAAGAUCCCUUCAGAUUGCUUAGGCAGGAUGAGUUUUCGCUGCAUAAUGCAUUGGAAAUUUAACUUUCAUGCUCGAGCCUGGCAAGUGUUCUGGGAUAUUGCUGGCCGCUUUACCUGAUCAGAUCUGCCCUGGAAAGCCAAACAUGCUUCAUGUCAUGUACUAUGCUAUGAAUUCAAAAGGAGUACAAAGUCUUAUAUCCUCAUCUAUACUAGGAAUCUAUAUUAGGAAUUAAGCAACGGUCGAUUUUUGUUCAAAAAAUUUAUUCAAUAUUAUACAUUGCAAGAUACGGAAAAUUGAAUCAUUGUUCUCUAACUUAUAAAUAAAAUCAGUGGCUUACGUGAGAUAUUCAAAGAAUCACUCUUGAAAGGCA